UUUGCUUUAACUGUCAAAUGUUGUUCAAUUUGUUAACACUGAAAAUAAGUUCAACAAAAACAAUAAGCAACUUUUGACAGUUCAAAACUAUAAACAAAAAACAAAAUUUGAGUCGAUUUCAUCUUAAACAUUUACCUUAAAAAAUUGUAAACAGCUGUCAAUGUAUAUGGUGCGGCCAUUUUUUUACAAUCGAAUAAUUUUUCUGCAAUUUAUGAAACGUAUGGUGGUGGUGUUUACGAGAAAUAAAUACAUUUAUUAAAAUAUUAAAAAAAGAAAUUAUUUUAAAGUACAAUUGGAAAAAAAUCUUAUUAAAGAAAGACUUACAAUGUCACGUAGUGUUAGAGCUGAAACACGCAGUCGAGCCAAAGAUGAUAUCAAACGUGUUAUGCAGGCGGUGGAUAAACCCAGGCAUUGGGAAAAGAAAUGGGUAACAAUUAAUGAUACCACCAUGAAAAUAUUCAAAUGGGUGCCCAUCUCAAACAAUGAUAAAAAGAAAUUAAGUUCCUUGAGCAAACAGUCCGACAAAGAAAACUCGCAGAAAGGCACCCCAACACCACCACAAAUAACACCCAAUUACGGGCUAACAGCCGAAGAUUCUAAUACCUGUUUUUCUGUUGUCAGUGAUUCUCAAGGUGCUGAUUUCGUUAGUAGUAUGCCAUUUUCAGAAGAUUCAAAUUCUCAGGGUAGCGAUGGUCCUGUCAAGCGUUUAAAGCAGGGCGAUUAAUUAAACCUGCACUUUACUCAACUCUAAUUCACUAGCUUCAACUCAUUAACGCAUUCAAUCACCUCAAGAAAACAAAAACAAACAAAUUUAAAUGAAUUCCUAAAUGCGGACAUACGGAAAAAAAAGAAACACAUCAAGUCAAUAAUUUCACUCACUUUCAUAACUUAUACAUCUUCUUCCUUAACAAAAAAAAAAAAAAAUAAUAAUUCACCCCCAACAACACUUAAGCAAUGUUAUUGUAUGUAUUAUUAAAAAUAGUUUAAAGAAAAAAGCUUA